AUGUACAUUCAUUUGCUGGUGUUGACCUUCUGUGGUCUCAGGAAUCUCGUGUCAGGCUCGACAUUCAGCCCGGCACGACCUCCCGCCAUUCCUCUUGCAGUCAAGUCUCCUUACAUGAAUACUUGGCUCGAGGUUGGCAAUGAUGGGGGCAGCGGAGGCGUGCUUCCUGGCUACUGGCCUGGUCCUCAACCAGGACCGGUCGCUGGGUCAAAUGGAGCUGUCACUGCGUGGACAGGUUUCAUCACAGUCGAUGGUAGCAGUUCCACCUGGAUGGGAGCAGCGAAUGUGAACGGGGUCGUUCCUCCUAGUGUCACUCAGACGAGCCUUGAGUACACGUCUACCAGAUCAACUUUUAUCAUGAAUGUUGCAGGGAAAGUAUCCAUGAACGUCACGUUUCUAUCACCUGUUACACCAAACGAUAUUCGACGCCAAUCUGUCACCGGGUCCUAUCUCAGUGUAACGGUAGCCGCCAUUGACGGUGGAUCACACUCUGUGCGGCUGUAUGUAGACACUUCCGCCGAAUGGACCUCUAUCCAUAACUCUGAUACCGCUCAGUGGAGCUACUCAGUCGACAAUGGAGUUGCUAAUCACAAAUACUGGAGGCAAACGCAGAGCGAAUUCAACGCCGAUUACCCAGAUGACGCAGCACAUUGGGGCUAUUGGUACUGGUCCACUGCAGCAACUUCGUCAAUGACUUACCAAUCGGGAUCUGACGUAAACGUUCGAGGAAACUUCUUGAACAACGGAGUUCUCCCAAAUACUCAAGACACGAAUUAUAGACCAAUCAGUGAUAACUGGCCUGUAUUUGGUUUUGCAAACGCUCUUGGGAACGUUGGAAGCUCUCCGGUAGAGACAUUGUAUACGAUUGUGCAUGCUCAGCAGAACGCUAUCUAUUUUGAUAGCGCCAACGGAGACGUUGGUGUCCCCUCGCUGUGGACUAGCUACUGGAAUUCUGAUUUGGAUAUGGUCGGUUUCUUCUACAAUGACUUCCGCAAUAUGGCUAGCCUCUCUGAAGCCACUGACAGCCAAUUUGCGGGAGACUCGAUCGCUGCCGGAGGCCAAGAUUACCUCACCAUCACCUCGCUCUCAGCUCGCCAAGCCUUUGCAGCUGUCCAACUUUGCCGAACUGAUGCCAAGCCAUAUCUUUUUCUCAAAGAAAUCAGUACCGAUGGAAACAUUCAGACUGUCGAUGUUUUGUAUCCCGCCAUGCCGAUCUUCUUGUAUUCGAACCCAAUUCUGGUGAAGUAUCUCUUGGAUCCACUGUUCGAGAACCAGGAAGCUGGGAAGUUCCCUCAGGCGUAUGCCAUGCAUGACCUUGGGGCUAAUUAUCCACGUGCCAUUGGGCACCCCUCAGGUGACGGAGCAGAAUAUAUGCCGCUCGAGGAAUGCGGUAACAUGAUCAUCACCACUUUGGCAUAUGCUCAACGCGCCCAAGACACCGGCUACCUGUCCCAACAUUACAGCAUCCUGAAACAAUGGACCAGUUACCUCGUCCAAGAAGCGCUCGUCCCAGAAAACCAACUCUCAACCGAUGAUUUCCAAGGCCAGCUCGCAAACCAAACGAACCUCGCUCUGAAAGGAAUCAUCGCCAUUCAAGCUAUGUCAGAGAUUGCUUCAAAGACGGGGAAUGGUGCAGAUGCGACGAAUUACUCGAAUAUUGCACAUGAUUAUAUUGGGAAGUGGCAUGAGAUGGCGGUCGUGACGGAUGCGAAUCCGCCGCAUACGAAUUUGGAUUAUCAGGAUGAUAGUUCACAUGGACUUCUCUACAAUCUCUACGCCGACCGUCUCCUGGGUCUUAACCUCGUCCCACAGGCUAUCUACGACAUGCAAAGCGCCUUCUACCCAACCGUAGCAGAAACCUACGGCGUUCCCCUCGAUACCAGGAAUGUGUUCACAAAAUCCGACUGGCAAAUGUGGACCGCAGCCAUCGCCUCCCACUCCACCAAAACCAUCUUCAUCUCCUUGCUCGCGAAAUGGAUCAACGAGACACCUACUAAUCGUGCGUUUACGGAUCUUUAUAAUACACAGACGGGAGAUUUUGCGGGUGGGCAGUUUAUUGCACGCCCGGUUGUUGGGGGCCACUUUGCGUUACUGGCGUUGAAUGGGGCGCCAACUGCUGCGAGUGGGAAAUAG